AUGUCAAUGGAAAAUUCAUCGAAUUUACAUGAUUUGGAUUUGGAUAAUAAACAAGGAUCCAAUGUUACUCUUCCAUCAACAUCAGCUGAAGAUUAUGGGAAUGAUCCAAUGCUUGAACAACAAUGGGCAAUGAAAGCAUUUCAACAUGCUGAAACAUAUUUUAAUUUACUUUGUGCUGUUGAUCCAAAACAAUUACGUUUAUCUCGUCAUGAUGAUCAAAUAUAUUCUCGUUUUCGUGAAUUAUUUCCUGAUUUUAAAAUUGAUGUACUUGAUGAAAAUAAAAUUAAAUCUAACGAAGAAAAACAAUUAUGGAGACCAUUUUGUGAAGAAUUUCGAGAUUUGAUUGACGAAUAUAAUUAUGGUACACUUGUACGUACAGAUUCAAAAGGUGAAUAUACAAAUGAAAAUACAUUUCUAGUUGUACGAAUUCAAUUUUAUGCUAUUGAAAUCGCACGUAAUCGUGAAGGAUAUAAUGACUCUAUUCGUCAUUUAUAUGGAUCAAAAAAAUUUAUAAGAAUGACUAAAUGGGAUAAUUUACACGAACGAUAUUUUAAUUAUUUAGCUAUUUUAUCAUUUGAUAAAGCGAAAGAACUUUUAGAAAAAGAUGGUAAUAAAAUGAAUAGUGAUUUUCUUCAAUAUUUUGUUAUGUUAGUACAAUAUGAACGAACUUAUCAUAAUUUUGGUUUUGUUGUUGGUCCAAAAGGAAAUUUGAGUAUUAUUAGAAAAGAUAAAUCUUUACUUCAAUGUUAUUCUGAUCUUCAUAUGUCAUUAAUUGAACUACAGUCAAAUAGUAAACAAAAUAAUACAACACAAUCGAUGACAGAUGAUACAAAAGAAACAAAUUAUAUUCAACAAUUAACUGCUGGUCUUAUUACAUUUCUUAAUGUUCGAACAAAUCUAAUGAAAUUAUAUGAACAAAUUUCUAGUGCUGUCAAACGUAAUGAACAUAAUGUUCGUCUAGAAAAUUAUAUUGAUGAAAUUACACAUAUCUCUCAAAUUGAUAUGUCUCCAUUAAAUAUUUCUGUACUUAGUCCAAUACUUCAACUAUUAAAACAUGAAACCGAUUGUUUAUUAUUAUUAAUACAAUCAUAUGUAUUUAUUGCUGAUUAUCAAUAUAUGAAUGGUAUAUCAACAUUACAUAAUAUGCAUUGUGUAUUAAAAGAAUGGCAUGAUAAUAUUGAAAAUCAACAAAAUACAAAUCAUCGUUUUAUAUUAUCAAGUACAAGUCCAUUAAAUUUUUUUAAAUCACCAACUAAACCAGCAUUAUAUACAUUUUAUUCAAAAUUUCAUGAAUUACUUGUUGCAAAAUUUACAUUUUAUUUCAAUGAUAUUUUAUAUGAAUAUGGUGGUGUAGAAGCUAAAACACCAAUGGGAAAAACAAAUCCUGAAUUUACUGCACGUAUUGCACAAUUCUAUCGACGUUCAAAUGUUGAAUGGAUUACACUUAUAUUACAUAAAACUAAACAGCCCAUAUAUUCUAGUCAAAUAGAUCAAUUAGCUGAUUAUCAUUUAAUUCAACCAGUAACAUCUUUUAAUGAUAAUAAACCGUAUCAAAUUAUAUUUGGUUAUCCACAUAAACCAAAUUCAACAGAUGAAAUCGCACAACAAAUGAUUACAAAAGCUUUAAUUAAUCAUGAAAUGUUAACAAGUGGUGAAAAAAUAUUCUAUAGUGGAGAUACCAAUCAAACAAAAACAUAUUUUCUUCAAAAUAUUGAUCCACGUAUAACACUUACACUUGUAUUUGCAUCACAUCGUCAAGAACGUGAUACAACAAUAAUAAAUUUUCUAAAUGAAUUACUUGAUUUACUUCGAGGUUCACGUUUAUUAUUAUAUUUUAAAAAUGCUGCUAAAUAA